GUUUUAUCUAGGGCACUAACAUUAUCCAGUUACUUCUUAACGUGUUCCUAACUUGACAGACUGGAGAACAAGGCUGACUGUUACACCCAUUGAGAGAGGAUACUAACAGGAACUUUGUGUACUCUUAAAAAAUAGCUCUGUGUAGCAUUCAGAGAGUUCUGUGGUUUGUCCAUAUUAAGGUCGCUAAAUAACAGGGGCUUUUUUUGUUAGAGCGUAUAAUGAUGGAAUGCGCCGUCAAUACAACAGGUCUCGUCACAGAUGAGUUCAUCUGUGCGAGUAUAGACCGAUACUUGACGUCAGGGCUCUAGACUGUUCGCUGGGUGAUACAGCUGAAAAGAUUUAUCACGAUAUAAUGUUUCGUAUCAUUUGGUAUCCAUAAUUAUCAAUUUGAAUGUUUUCUAAACUAAGACCAGUAGCAAAAAAGGUUUCAAUUUAACCAUUGUAUUUUUAAUUUACUCGCUUUAUUAAGGCAAACAGGAAAUCAUUUUAGCUUUAACAGUCAAAAACAAAAUAUAAUUUAAACAAAUAUCUUCUCUUAUAUGCUAUAUGAAGAUUACAUAAAUAAGUGUUAAAGAAACUCAAUCAAUAAAAUGUUACAAAAUGUGCGCAAUGUAAAAGUGUAAACGUAAAACAUUGAGGUAGAUCAACAUCGCAUUAUAGCGCAGAAUGUGACUCCUGGUGCUCUGGUUUGUGCUCAGCCUGUUAGCAUGGUUAGCCUAGCCUCGUAUAAAACUUCCACUUUAACACUGCCGAGGUCCGCGUCUGACGAGCCGAGCUCCUGCUCUGAGGACACUCGCUGUCCUCUCCAGAGCCGACAUUUUAACAGAAAACACAAAAAGUGGCGAAAUGUCACAUUUUUUCCCUUGCCUGCUGUUCAAAGUCACACGCAUUGUACAUGUGCAGAGCGCCGCGCAUGCGCACUACAAGUCUCUCGCAGCUUAUUUUCCCGUGCUUGGCCGGGACGGGGUUUUUCUUCGCAAAACUUACACACAACAGUGUUCUGAUGUUGGUCAGACGAAAAGAAACCAAAAAAAAAAACACUGCCUCACUGGCGAGCUGACGUCCUUUUUUAUUCACAAUCUCCUCGGCAGGCCUGAACUCAUUUUCACACGUCCGUGUGUCGUGAUGUCCGUGUGUUGUGAUGUAACAUGGCGAUGGCGCAACCGAACCCCACAGAUACGCAACUUGUUAUUGGCUGUUUGCUUGUCACUCGUAGCACACUCCUUUAUCAAGGCAUAUGAUAGGCUGUUUGUGAUCCGGGGACGGCGCACGCUUGAGGGUCGUUCACGCAACCAAACUUCAUGUCUGUUUACAUUUUAUCGAACGUUACACCGAACAUUUUUUCUAUCGUUACCAAUAAAGGUGUACCGUCGAUAAAUAUCGAUACCGUUUUAUCGUCCCGCGCUAGACCAAACGGUCGCAUUUUGCAACUACUCGCAUGUUUUUUUAAAUUUCAUGUUGAAAAACGAGGAGGGAGCGAGUCUGCCAGAGUUGGCCAAUGUGUCUGAGAAGAUGAGGGUCCAUGAGUUAUUAGUCAACUGCAUGGGUAACAUCAUCUACACUCGCGUCUCGCUUUCGUGGCGUCGCACUCAUCGUCCGUAAAAGUGAACCAUGUCGAAACGAGCCAUUUUUUUCAAACAUCACAUAAGUAGUUUUACAUUGCACACAUUGGUCUUGAACAGUACGCACACGUUUAGACUCAGGCCGAAAGCUCCCCGAGGUCCUUUGGAGCCAUGCCACACGCCUUCAUAUUUGCUUUUAGCACAUCUUUGUAACGCUUACGCUGUCCACCGAGACCUCGAACACCGUGUUCCAGCUGACUGUAGGAACACGUCUUAGGUAUGCGGUUAUCGUUCAUGUGAACGGCAUGCCUGGUCCAGCAAAAGAGCGCGAUCAUCAAAAAAGCUUCAACGCCGGUUGUGUCACGUAUUCUGAGGCCCUCUGUAUUCGGUAUGUUGUCCUGCCAUCUAAUGUGCGCCAUAAACAAUAUGAUUAACCGUAGUAACUGUAGUGAAACAUUGCGCAACAAUUAGAAUCGUUAUGACUAAGACAGCAAGAGGCGUUAAACCAAUCAAACCCUGAGAAACUGCCAUUUAAAGAAGUCUCUGCUUACUCAAGUUGACACAUUUUCUACAGUUAGGGAAAUACACUGUGUAGACAAUCAUGUUGCAACAUCGAUGAUUACGCUGCACUUGAGAAAAACAUGGUUGUUGACCAGUUACCAACUAAGCCUCAGUUUUCUAAUAAAACGAAGUACAUGACCAAGCAGUGGUAGUUCAGUGGGGAAUGUUGUGUCCUUGUUACCAUACGGUCGUGAGUUCAACUCGCCAGAAAGCCAACGUUCGGCCCUUCAGCAAGGUCAUUCACCGUGAACCCCUCAGCUUCGUGCUUGGAUUUGAUUCUACCUCACUCGUAAGUCACUCUCUAAAGCCUCUGCCAAAUGACUGCAUGCAACACGAAUGCCUUUUUUGCAGUUCCAACAUUUUUUAAGAUGAACUCCAACACAAACCAGCGCUGGAUUAAAGGCCUAAAUGGUUUCUCUCAGACAGUACCGACAGGGAUAAAUCGGACAUGCUGCUUAUGUUUGCGGCCUGUGGUCGGACCAGAGAGGAGAAAGAAUGCAGCUGAAAAAAAGACGACAGGAAUCAAAGGAAGACGUUUCGAGGAAGUAAUGUGGUUGUAAUGGUAAUGUAAUGGUUUAGUUUCGACGUGGUUUAGAAAAGAGCAGUUUAUAGAAGUCGCAUCAGUAAUGAGAUACUUGUGUGUUUGCGGAUCUUCCCACAGAGACGAAACAUGUUGGUGCUUGCUGACAUCGUCACUGUUGAGGCUGUUAAUGGGUGGUGUCAAAGGACCAAGUGUGUGACGACUCCAUAUCUGAAUCCAGAAGAGGACAGACACACACACACACACAGAAACACCGCAAAAAUGAAUGAGAGACAGGCUCUCCAUUCCAUAAUGAAGGACCUGGUGGCGCUGCAGAUGACCAGGCGGCAGCCCAUGCCAGCUUACGACAUGGCCAAAGCCAAGCCUGCUAACACUGCUAGCACGGCUAACAGACAGGACGACGUCAGAAUCAAGUUCGAGUUCUGCGGAGAGAGAAGGAUACUGAUGUUCAGUCGGCCUGUGCAGUUUGAGGAAGUCCAGCAAAAGGUCAAGACUGUCUUUGGGCAGCAACUCGAUCUGCACUAUAUGAACAAUGAGAUGUCAAUCCCUCUGCACGGCCAGGACGACUUGGACAAGGCUAUUGACCUGCUGGACCGCAGCUCUAACAUGAAGAGCAUAAAGAUCCUGCUGCUAACAGAAGAACAUAGCAAUGUCUCAAACAUGACUCAUCCCUCCGGAGGCAAGCAAGUACGAAUCAAAGCCUCGCAGUCCAUGGGGGAUGUGAGCACGGCUUAUCAGUCCUCUGAGCCCAGGGGACGCCACCCAUCCACCAGUUCUCAGAACACCGGGCGGAGCUCUCCGCCUCCCGGCUACGUUCCGGAGCGGCAGCAGCGAAUCGCUCGCCAGGGAUCCUACACCAGCAUUAACAGUGAGGGAGAGUUUAUACCCGAGACCAGCGACCAGUGUGUGCUGGAUCCUUGGAGCAGUGCGGAAAAUUCCAUAUCCGGGAGCUGCCAGUCACUCGACAGCAACUCAGAAAGCCCCUCACUUCGGAAGUCCCGCAUGCACAGAGCCAGAAGUUAUCCUGAUAACAGGCAGGAUUGUGCAGACAGGGAGAAUCACGUGUAUGAUAAGAUUAUAGCUAAAGGAGGGACGUACCCACGGAGAUACCCGGUCUCUCCGCAUCACAAAGACCUCAGUGAGGGUCGGCGCACGUUUCCACGGAUACGACGUCCCCAGGGUAACCUGUUCACACUGGUGCCGUCGCGUCGUUCCCUAAACGGCAGCGAGGAGAGCCUCGGAAGCUGGCAGCUGGUCGACACACACUCCCGGCUCCGCCCCAAAGACCGCCCACUGCCUCACAAGUCCCCCACAGCUCCUGUGACAUGGCGGAGAGGGAAACUGCUGGGCCAAGGUGCAUUCGGCCGUGUUUAUCUCUGCUACGACGUGGACACUGGACGGGAACUAGCAGCUAAACAGGUCCAGUUUGAUCCAGCAAGCCCGGAGACCAGCAAGGAGGUCAGCACUCUGGAGUGCGAGAUUCAGCUACUGAAAAACCUGCAUCACGAGCGCAUCGUGCAGUACUACGGCUGCCUCCGAGACCACAACGAGAAGACUCUGACCAUCUUCAUGGAGUACAUGCCCGGGGGCUCGGUGAAAGACCAGCUGAAGGCCUACGGGGCGCUAACGGAGAACGUGACCCGGAAGUACACCAGGCAGAUCCUGGAGGGCAUGUCCUACCUGCACAGCAACAUGAUCGUCCACAGGGACAUUAAAGGUGCCAACAUCCUGCGGGAUUCUGUAGGGAACGUGAAACUCGGAGACUUCGGCGCCAGCAAGCGCCUGCAGACCAUCUGCAUGUCCGGUACUGGAGUGCGCUCGGUCACUGGGACGCCAUAUUGGAUGAGUCCGGAGGUCAUCAGCGGAGACGGUUAUGGACGCAAAGCGGACGUGUGGAGUCUUGGCUGCACCGUGGUGGAAAUGCUGACUGAGAAGCCCCCUUGGGCCGAAUACGAGGCCAUGGCAGCCAUCUUUAAAAUAGCUACUCAGCCCACCAACCCCGUUCUGCCGUCGCACAUCUCAGAGCAGACCAAAGACUUCGUCCGGCGCAUCUUCGUCGAGGCCAAACACAGGCCGAGCGCAGAAGAGCUGCUCAGACACCCUUUCUCACAGAUCUUCUGCUGAGCGAGCUGCAGAAUUAAAGCCCCGGACGCCUGGACCUGGAAACCCUCGAAAGCUGUAUUUAUGACAUGUAGCUCAAUCAGUGAGCACAAAACAGACCAACACGCAGCUGGGCAUCGUCCAGUCAAGAGCGGUUAGAUUUAGGUCUUUCAUUUGUCCAUUAAUGGUAUUGUUGCAUUGCAGUGUGUGUACCAGCAGGGGGCAGCACAAGACAGCCGAGUGCCAUUGCAAGCGCCGACCGAGUUAAGGAGAUCAUCUACCUGAACUCAGUACAAGGGCUGCGCAAUAUGAUUAAAAUAGCAUACUGUGAUUCCGUUAAGUACAUUAAUAACAAACUGCUGAACUUGUGACUGGAUUAAUUAGACCACAGUAAUUCAUCAUAUCGGUAUCAUGAGAUCUCUAAGAUCUGUCAGGCUUCUGUGAUGGCAGUAUUGUGAUAGUGGUUAGUAAACGACGUAUUGUGCAGCCCUACCGAAGCCGAGCUGCGAGACCUUCACAGGUUAGUGCAGUUCACUGAUCCGCCGGUCGCGUGGUUCACAGUUGGUUCUUUGGCUUGUCUUGUUGCGUACAUGUUCUUCUGAGGAUUCAUACAAGGAUCCACGAAGCUGAUCUAGCUCUUCGGGUCAGUCACGUUAGCAUCGUGCUAGUUGUCGGAGAGGUAGAGCUACAGGCGGUGUUUCAGUCAUUACAGGCUUUCCUUUCACUCACAGUCCAACUAAAUGCUCUGGGUUACAGGGUGCGUAGAUGCCUGAUGCUUUCCUCUUACUCUCCUGACAAUUCAUACACUUUUUAAGGCAACACCCUUACUGUAACUGUAACGCUGCUGUGAGAAAAUCCAGUCGGCUGUAAAACCUCGCCGUUUGAGACGCAGCGGUCAGACUUUCAGAGCGUCAUCAUAUGACCAUUUUGAGUCGUCAGGAUGCUUGCGACCAUGCAGAGUUUCGGAAACAACAGUUGGGAACCUUUGCGAUAGAUAACAUGAUAGAUGACUAGCAUCAAAUUAAGAGCUGAGUUAGUUAAACUAGGUUGCUUAACUAUUAGCUAAUAUACAUUCUGGACUAUAAGAUGCACUAGUUUGCCUUUUACUUCAAUAUAUAUGGAAUAUAUUUUAUACUAUACUGUAUUAUAUAUUAGCCUAUUGUUGUCUGCUUGAUUUGUAUACA